UUAUUAUCCAGUAGGUAGCGAGACUUCUUACACCUAUAUAUGAAGUAACGAAGGUAUAGAACCGAAGCUCUCAUUGACUUACUAUCUAAGACAUAAACAAAUAAAUACCUUGAGUUAGGUACCCAACUUACCUAGUCCUACGAUUAACUUAUAAUACCUACGAGACGCCUCACAGCCAACACAAAGACAACAAAACAAGUAAACUACCCACCACCAUGCCCUCCUCACCAGAAGACGCCAACCCGCUCACCAUCCGCUGCCAGUGCGGAUACAUAUCCUUCCCCACGCCCACCCCGCGCCCCAUCACGCUCUACCACUGCCACUGCGUCUCAUGCCAGCGCCAAUCGGGCUCCGCCUUCGGGACAUCCGCGAUAUUCCCCUCGGCGGGCCUAUUCCCGCUCUCGCCGCACCUCGCCUCCCGCCUGAAAGUGUUCCGGCGGCCCACGAACGCCGGGCGCUCGGCGGACUGCUACUUCUGCCCGGAGUGCGGGUGCCGGGUGAUGCACCGGAUCGUGGGCGCGGACGGGACGCCCCGCGCGUCGGUCAGCGUCAAGGGCGGGUGCGUGGUCGGGGGGCUGGAGUGGGCAGGCGCCGCGCAUAUUUUCGUCAGGGAGGCGGUUAUGAAGAUCCCGCUGGAGUGGGAGCAGUACGACGGUUUGCCGCCGUGGAUUAAGAUGGACUGAGGAGCGAGCGAGGGGGUUCUAGGGAAAUGAUUGAGCAUACCAGGUACCUAAACUUACCUGUGAGGCGGAAGUUGGGGGUACGGGUGUGUAUUUAUGUACCGAGGUGAGAGAAACAGAAAGAAGAAGAUAAAAGUAUAUUCUCCGGUUUAAUUAUAGAUCUUCCGUUAUGACGCCCGUACCCAACGCAGUGGCUCUCGAAGCCCGGGAUAUGAGGUCAUGG